UUUCGCAGCGAAGAAGAAGAAGACUGAGAAAAACAAAUUACGUAUAUUUUCACUUGUGUAUUUUCACUGGAAUUUAGGGAGAAAUUCUCCAAAUGUCCGCCACAAUGAGUGGUGCAAAGGCUGAGGAGGACGCUGGCGAGGGCAGCAGCAAGGAUUUCCUGGACUGGCAAGUGACAAAGCACGAGAUGAAGGCUCGCGGGCAGCAUCUGCUGGAGACUGGCCAGUGGGCGGACUGUCACUUCCUGCUGGGCGCGCCGUCCAACCAGGAGAUCAUCUCCGGACACAAACUAAUCCUGGCGAUGGCGUCGCCAGUGUUCGAGGCGAUGUUCUUUGGCGGCCUGGCUGAGAAGAGUGACCCGAUUCCCAUCUGCGACGUGCAGCCGGAGGCGUUCAAGGCCCUGCUGGAGUAUAUUUACAUGGACAGGAUCCAGAUCCAGACCGUGGACAAGGCGUGCGAGCUGUGCUACGCCGCCAAGAAGUACAUGCUGCCCUUCGUGGUGAAGCAGUGCACGAAGUUCCUCUGGGCAGAUCUGCAGCCCAGCAACGUGUGCCGGGCGUACGAGUUCGCGCGCCUCUUCGACGAGCACCAGCUCAUGAUGACGUGCGUCGAGAUGAUCUGCACGAAGACGAUGGACGUGCUCCAGGAUCCCAGUUUCGAGGAGGUGGAAAUGAGCACGAUCUUCACGAUCCUGGACCAGGAGUACCUCAGCGUGGACAGCGAGCUGUCUCUCUACUACGCGAUCAGUCGCUACGCCGAGAAGCACGCCGGCGAGGAGUCGCGCAGCCGCGACAUCCGCGAAGCGCUGAAGCGGAUCCGCUUCCUCACGCUCACGCCGCAGCAAUUCGCCGAGGGACCGGGCAGGAGUUGCCUGCUGACGCAGACCGAGGCCUUCGCCAUCCUGAUGAACAUCUCCAGUCCCAACUCCGUGUGCACGAUGCCCGAGGGCUUCUCCACGAGCCGCUCCACGCGCAUCCAGAAUGUCGUGGUGGAAUCUCCGUCACCGCAGACGAUUGAGGAGUCGCCGGCUAGGCUCCUGCCCGGCUCGUCGCCGCUGGUGGACGAGAUGCACGACGUGCGCAACAUGAUGGACACGCAACGUCACUACUGCAUCCGCAACUUCCGCCACCAGACGGACUACCUCAACACCAGCGUCCUGGACUGCUCCGUCACUUUCUCCGUCAACCGCUGCAUCUGCAUCACAGGCGUCCAGGUGCCCACGCAGGUGCUGGGCGAGUCCAACAUGCAGCGCUACCACGACGGGAGCCUGCCGGAGCGCUACUCAGAGCUGCUGUACGCGCACCUGCUGGACAGCCGCGGCUCGCGGCUCACGUACACGCACUGCACGUCCAAGGUGCGCUUCGACUGCAUGCUGGAGAUCUCCUUCGACCGGCCGGUGUUCAUCCAGCGCUACAAGCGCUACAAGAUCGGCAUCGUGUUCAACAAGGUGGGCUGGUAUCCCAUGGCCGAGUGCCAGCCCACGAAGGUCUGCCAGGACGUGACGUUCACGUUCGGCGUGGGGAUGCCCAACGAGUCCGUGCGCGACGGCCUGAUCAGAGCCAUCGUGUUUGCCUUCACGCGCGAAGGCGUGUCCUUCACCUAACCAUGU